AUGGCCGACCUUAGUCCUCCGUUUUCCCCCCCGCAGACACCCGACGGGCUUCUCGACCCCAACUCCACUGCCCCCACCGGCCGACCCUCGUUCUACCGUGGUAUCCGUCUGCGAAGCGGCAAAUGGGUAUCAGAAAUUCGUGAGCCGCGCAAGUCCAAUCGCAUCUGGCUCGGCACGUAUGCAACUCCGGAAAUGGCCGCCACUGCCUACGACGUGGCCGCGUUUGCUCUCCGUGGAGCUCAUGCGGUGCUUAAUUUUCCCGACACAGCUCUGUCACAUCCCGUGCCGGCGUCAACCUCGCCAGCUGAUAUCCAGGCUGCGGCGGGCGCGGCGGCGGCAGCAGCGGCGGCGACAGUGGGGGCGCAGCUUGCUGCAAAGCCUGAAGCUGUGGAUGCGUUAGUUGAGUCGGCGCAUAAGGUAGGGGAGUUUGUGGAUGAAGAGGAACUGUUCGAUAUGCCGCAGUUGCUAAUGAACAUGGCUGAGGGGAUGUUGGUAAGUCCUCCAAGACUCAGCCCGCCGGCGUCAGGUGAGUCGCCGGAAGCCUCAGAAAUGGAUAAUUUAUGGAAGUUUGACGAGUAA